AUCACUGUCGUUUGAACGUUAGGGGAGUUAUAGGCUGUUGAACUCCGAGAUGAAUUACUACGGUUUGAAACAAAUAAUAAACAUUGUACAAAUGUACGUUCCUAACUAGACAACGAAGAUUAAAACGUUACUGUCAGGAUCACAUUUAAGCAGGCGCAGGUGAUGAGUAGCCUCCACCUGCGUCAGACCAAGCGAUUGUAGGGUCCUGUGUUAUUAUAUAAACCGACGAAGUUUUUCAGUCCGCAUUUCAGUUUCAAGAGUCUCAACAUUCUCCUAACAGCACAGGCUUUUGAAAAACUUUCGACAAUGUUACUUCCUCUGGUUAUUGCUUUACUAGCCGGAUCGGUGACGUCUUUCGACUACUGCACUCUAAGUGCCCAGAACACUUUGUGCAAAUACAAGCCGACAUCUUAUGGCACCGCUUGCAUGAAGAUCGUCCCGAUGUCUGUUACAGCUGCUGAUAAAAGUUUGAUCGUUGAUUUACACAACAAAAUGCGUCGCCAAGUCGCCAAGGCGAUGGAAAAGGGUGGCAAUCCCGGACCACAGCCAGCAGCUGCCAACAUGAGAGCAAUGAGCUGGGAUGAUGAAUUAGCUCUCAUGGCUCAGACUCACGCGCAGCAGUGUGUGUUCACUCACGAUGUCGAUCGCAACAUUGCCCGCUUUAAAGUCGGCCAAAAUUUAGCCAUUCAGUUUUCAACGGUGGAGAUGAAGAAGUCCAAUUGGACUAGUAUGAUUCAAAGUUGGUACGACGAAGUAAAAACCAUGUCUGCGUCUUACGUGGCGUCGUUCCCAUCGAAACCGACAGGAGUAAUUGGUCAUUACACUCAAAUGGUAUGGGCUAAAACGUUCAAGAUUGGUUGUGGAAUCGUUUCAUAUUACGACACGAAAUUCCAGCCGAAAUAUCCUUACAAGUUAUUUUACGUCUGCAAUUACGGUGAAGCUGGAAACUAUCUCAGCACACCAGUUUACAAAACUGGAACUGCCGCCUCGGCUUGUCCAGCUCCUACUGUACCCAAAGAUGGACUUUGCGCUUGAACAAGAACAUGCUUUUCAGACACCUUUACGAAUUUGAUUCCGUUAAAGCAAAUUUUUUUAAACACAAUAUUUAGUUGUUAAACUGUAGGUUAUUGAGAAAAUAAAUUCGCGAUUAAUUCCGAUUAA